CGCUGCCUGAGACUUCUAACACAUUUGAGGACUGAUCGUCGACGUGUUGGUUUGGAUCAGUGGAAAGAUGAUUGCUGCGAUUGUCAGCACCUUGUUGUGUUUCUGCUCGCUCCAUCCUACCUUUGGACAGGACUGUCCUAGUAGACAGGAAAUACAGGGCUCUCUGAAGCAGGUCCAGAAGCUUCUCUCAACCCAUGAAGCCUCGUACUUGCAGAGUCUUCGCAACCUGAAGAAGAAAAUAAACUUGUUGCAGAGCAGCACUGGGAAGACGAUCGCAAGACCCAUCAACAGUACCUGCCCGAAACUGGACGCGCCCAUCAAUGGAAGGAAACUCGGCAAGUCACACGGCGUGGGCCAUGAGGUUCACGUUGUGUGUGACCCUGGUUAUGAACUUGUGGGAUCAGAGAGCAGGGUUUGUCAGGAGAGCUUGACCUGGAGCGUCCAGCAGCCUACCUGCCGAGAUGUCAAUGAGUGUGCGUCCUCUCCGUGCCUGAAUGGCGGGACAUGUGUGGAUGAAGUGAACCAGUUCUCUUGUGUCUGUGCCAAAGGCUGGGCCGGAGUGACCUGUCAGAGCCCCGUGCCAACAUUCUUUGUCACCAUGACAAACACUUCUGCCGCCACCUCCCCAGCCAUUGCGGCGGCUGCCACCCUGCCGGCUGCCACCAUGGGGCCUUUUGUUCGUCCAUCACGCUGCACUAUAAUGCAGGGGACCACCCACUGCACCUGUGAGCCAGGAUACACCAUCUCUGGCAGGGACAGCAACACUUGCACUGAUAUAGAUGAAUGUGAGCUGUUCCAUAAUGGCCAGGCUGGGAGACUGUGUUUACACGCUUGUGUUAACACACCUGGAGGCUACCGCUGUUCAUGUCCUAUCGGAUACAAUGUGACCCGCGAUGGACGCAGCUGUAAAGACAUUGAUGAGUGUGCCACCAGACAAAACAACUGCACAAAGGACCAAAUGUGCAUUAACACGCACGGUGGUUUCCAGUGUGUCCGUGUGGACUGCCCCAAAAUCCCUAAUGCUACAUAUGUCAAGACGUCGCCUAUGCGUUGUGAACGUAACCCCUGUCCUGUGGACAACAAGGCAUGUUCCCAGACACCAAACUCCUACUCCUACCAUUACAUGGCUAUCGUGUCCAACCUGUCAGCUCCUCGUGUCAUGUUCAGGGUCUCAGCAUUACGUCCAAUUGGAGACACGCUUCGCUUCUCCCUGCUGGGGGGAAGGCAAGCUCGGCGCCACUUCACAGUUCAGCGUUCAGACCGUGUGACAGGUCAGCUGAUGCUGGUGAGCCCAGUGCAGGGCCCUGCCACACUGGAAGCAGAAGUGGAGAUGAGCGAGCUGGAGAGACGAGUCCACCUGGGGAGGUACAUCACCAAAGUCACCAUGUUUGUUUCCCAGUAUGAGUUCUAGAGUGAAGGAUGAAGGUGGAAACAUACAGCACAAAGGCCAAACAGAAGUCUGGUUUGGAUUUAAUUAAGAACUAUUGACAAUCUGAUGUUUUGUGGUGACUAUCUUUAAAGUGUGCUGUUGCUAAAUAAGUUGCUGCAGCCAAGUCUCAAACCUGUAGUGAAGUCAUCAUCAACGAGCAUACUGACUCUAAAGUGAUGGAAGGAUAAACACCUGUCUUGCACAGCUGCGUGCAAUACAUGUUUUAGAAUAUGGGUUCUGAGUGAUGUAUCUUUGGGUUGAUUUAGCUAAAAGAGCAAGAGUUUUGUAUGGAUAAACUGAAACAUAUUUAUUGCACAAAUAUAGAAAUGAGUUUCGGAGAUAUAAAAAGUGAAUGACGUGAUGUAGCAAAGAGGGAAACAGCUUUCAACUGGAGGAACUAGAAAAUGUGGACAGUCCAUCUUGAAAGAAAGUGCUAUUUUUGUAAUUGACAGUCCUGCUAUGUUGACAUUUAUAUAAUCUAUACUGGACUUGUAGUCAUGACAUAUGAAGAUUUUGUAAUUCUCUUUAAGAUCAUGUUUUAUUUAUAUUCUGGUUUCAGUACAACUAUAAUACAAUCAUUAAAACACCAUAACCUGAAA